AUGUGCACCGCCGAAAACAUAUACUACACGACAUGCGGCUGCUUCUCAGGCCACCACGUCAUCUGGGCGUGUCCAAAGUCCACCGCCAUUAGUCUCAGCGGCGCGAGCUGCCCGGACACGAUCCCCGAGGGCGUCUUCCGCAGGCAGGGCAAGUGCCUGCCGUGCCGGCGACGGGACUGGCAGCAGGAGGUCCUCACCCGGUCCGGUGAACUCCCUCUCACCGGCGAUGUUGUCAGCGAUAGGCUUACCAUUCUCAGCGAGGUGAUGCGCCGCGCGAUGGAGGGCGCUAGUAAGAAGAAGAACGAGACCGGGCAAGAGACCGGGCAAGAGACCGGGCACACUGAGAUCAACGCGGAGGCGGGAGGGGCAAAGGCCGAGGAGAAAACGAGUGUGAGUGUUGCUGGUGACGGUUCGAUACUAACCGAUAGAGAGGAAAAGACGGACGAGCAUCAUUUCGAGACGGAGUGUACUUCUUGGCAUCAAGUAUAA